CAGUCUCAGGUCAAGGUAAAAAGAGAAGACUGGCGAAUCACUGGUGAAUCACUGGCAGAUUUAAAUCAAAACUGAAAUGGGCGCGUUUUAAUUUCAGGCACAUGCACCUCCUUAGCCCAAUCUUACCAAAUGUUGUGAAUGUGUAAUCACUACAUUGUGAUUAAGCCAGCAAUAUUAAUAUUUUUCAACAUUCAUUGAUUUAUUCAUUCAGGCAACAUUUAUAAUAAUUUACCUCAUUAAACUUAUUCGGCGGGAUUAACUGAAUGUAAAUAAAAAGAAUGCAUUCCAUAUUGACUAUUAUUGCCAGUAACUAUGGAAAGUGCUGCCAAGUGGUAUUCAUAGCACGGGUAGGUGGCGCCAUGAUUCGUCUGCAGAAUGCCUCUGAGCGCGCCGCCGCCGGUCAGGUCGACGAGACGAAACUGGCGCGCGACUCUGUAAUCGCCAAUACGGCCACAUUUUUCGUGCUGUGCGGCGUCAUCAGAGCCACUGGCCGGGCCGGCGAGAUCGAUCGGCGCCGGUGGCGCCUCUGGCGGGAGGCUGGCGCACUAGCGGCCGCCAGUGGGCCGGUCGCCCUCGGCGAGUUGACCGUCGGCUCAGGUCGCUGUGCGUUUGUGUGCCGGGCGUCGGUGCCGGUGCUCGGUGACACUAUGGAUUUUGUACUCCGGCGGGUUUGAGACCAGUCAUGUGACAGAGGCGAGGUGGGCCAUGAUACCCUCCGCCCCUGCCCUCCUUCUGCUAUCUCUGCUGCAUGUUCUGGCGGCCGACAACCCGCGGCACUUCCGCAUCGGCGGCGUGCUCUCCAGCACCGAGAACGAGCAAACCUUCAACAAAACAAUCCAGGAACUCAAUGAACAAAAGGAAUAUGUAUCCCGCGCCUCAACCCUUUACGUUUCAACCAUUCGGAUGGAGGAGAAUCCCAUUCGCACGGCCCUCAACGUGUGCAAAUACCUCGUCAACUCACAGGUGUACGCCAUGGUUGUGUCCCACCCCAGCACCGGGGACAUCUCUCCCGCCGCCGUCUCCUACACGUCUGGAUUCUACCACAUCCCCGUGGUGGGCAUCACCUCUCGUGACAGCGCCUUCUCGGACAAGAACAUCCACGGCUCGUUUCUGCGCACGGUGCCGCCCUACUCACACCAGGCCGACGUGUGGGUGGACCUGCUCAAAAUGCUCGGAUACACCCAGGUGAUCUUCAUGCACAGCUCGGACGCGGACGGCCGCUCCGUGUCCAGCCGGUUCCUGGCGCAGGCGCAGACCAUGGACUCGACCGACACGGACAUGAAGGUGGAAGAAGUCGUAGAGUUUGAGCCGGGCCUGAAGACGUUCACCGAACAGCUGAAACUGGUGCGCUCUCUGCAGUCUCGCGUCUACCUGCUCUACGCCAGCCAAAACGACAGUGAGGUGAUUUUCCACGACGCGGCCUUCCUGAACAUGACUGAGGUGGGCUACGUGUGGAUCGUCACUGAACAAGCCCUGGCCGCCAGCACGGUGCCCAAAGGUGUGCUGGGGUUCCGACUGAGCGCCUCCGACGAGACCAAACACAUCAAGGAUAGCUUGUACGUUCUGGCAGCCGCCCUGAAGGAAAUGUCGCAAAAGGAGAACAUCACGGAGGCACCCAAGGACUGCAACAACACCGGAGACGGCUGGGAGACGGGAAAAACCCUGUUCAAGUACAUUCGUAAACAAGUUCUGUUCGACGGGCAGACGGGAAAAGUCGCUUUCGACGAUAACGGAGACCGCAUCAAUGCAGAAUAUGACGUCAUCAAUACAGACAGCACCCGUACCAAGCGGAUAGUGGGGAAAUACGCCUAUUCAAAGUCGUUGGAGAGGAUGGAGCUGAAGCUGAAGACGAGUGACAUCAUCUGGCCGGGCGGCAGCAACGUCAAGCCGGACGGCGUCAAGAUCCCGACGCACCUCAAGGUGCUGACUCUGCAGGAGCAGCCGUUCGUCUACAGCCGACGUUUGGAGCGCGGCCAGAAGUGUGACGACGCUGAGACGCGCUGUCCGUGGCACAACACCACAGGCGAAGAUGUCGAAUUCUGCUGCUGGGGCUACUGCAUAGACCUGCUGAACAAGCUGUCGGAGCGUGUCAACUUCACGUUCGACCUGUUCCUCUCUCCUGACGGCGAGUUCGGCGACUACGUCUCCAGGAAUGUGUCAGGGAAGAAGGAGUGGACGGGUAUGAUUGGUGAGCUGGUGAGAGAGCGCGCAGACAUGAUCGCAGCCCCGCUUACCAUCAAUCCGGAGCGGGCAGCCUUCAUCGAGUUCAGCAAACCGUUCAAAUACCAGGGCAUCACCAUAUUGGAAAAACGGCAACCGCGCGCCUCCACGCUGGUCUCCUUCCUGCAGCCGUUCAAGCACACGCUCUGGGUGCUGGUGCUGGUCUCCGUGCACGUCGUGGCGCUCGUGCUCUACCUACUCGAUCGGUUCUCGCCGUUCGGUCGACAGGCGAGCAGGGACAGUGGAAAUGCAGAGGAUGACGCACUGAACCUGUCGUCGGCCAUGUGGUUCGCCUAUGGUGUACUGCUCAACAGCGGCAUUGGUGAUGGCACUCCGCGUAGCUUCUCGGCCCGGGUACUGGGUAUGGUGUGGGCUGGAUUCGCAAUGAUCAUCAUCGCCUCAUACACUGCCAACCUGGCUGCCUUCCUGGUGCUCGACCGGCCUCAGACGCGGCUUAGUGGCAUCAACGACGCUAGGUUGCGGAAUCCCAUGGAGAACUUUUCGUACGCCACCGUCAAGGGCUCGGCGGUCGACAUGUACUUUCGGCGACAAGUGGAGCUGAGUAACAUGUACAGGACCAUGGAGGGGAAGCAGUUCACCUCGGCAGAGGAGGCCAUCAAAGCCGUCAUCAACGGCUCUUUAAAUGCCUUCAUCUGGGACAGUUCACGACUGGAGUUCGAGGCCGCGCAGAACUGUGCUCUGGUGACGGCCGGAGAGCUCUUUGGCCGCUCCGGCUACGGGAUCGGCCUAAAAAAGGACUCUCCAUGGGCCAAUCACGUGACCCUGGCCAUCCUCCAGUUUCACGAGAGUGGCUACAUGGAGCAGCUAGACAAUCGAUGGAUCUUCCAGAACCGUAAGGAGUGCGAGACGCGAGAGAAGGCGCCGGCGACACUCGGGCUGAAAAACAUGGCCGGCGUGUUCAUACUGGUACUGGCAGGCAUCGCCGGCGGCUGUGCACUCAUCAUUAUAGAGAUCAUCUAUAAGCGGCACAAGAUCCGGAGCCAGCGGAAACUGGCGCUGGCGAAAAAUGCUGCGGACAGGUGGCGGGGAGCUGUGGAGAAGCGGCGCCGCCUGCGCCAGUCCCGCCAGCACGCGCGGCACAACGGCGAGCCGGGCUUCUCCGCCGACCCUUUCGGCACCGACUUCAGCAGCGCCUUCUCGUGGAGCUCGCCGGACGUGCGGCAGCGGGUGCUGCAGCCGCCGCCGCCGCCCGCCCGCAGAAAGAUGACCAUACUGGACGCCUAGCGCCACCGCGCGGCCGCUGCACCAACCACAGCUUCUGGUGGCUGUCGCGCGGCGGCGGUGCGACGUGCUCAAAGUCAGUGGUAAAGGGACCGGUCCGUGCUAGGACUGAAAGGUGCUCUUUUUUAGCCAGCUGGUUGUUAUUUGUUCGAGCUAUUUUUGCGCCAAGUGAGUGUGUAUUUGUGUGUGCAGUCGUUGUGAGAGCGCGUGGUUAGGUGCUGUGGCACUGUGGGGAAACUCUGCGUGGUGUUGAGCCGUAUGAUCAGCGUUUGUGGCUGAUGUAUCGCGCCCAAUACGGUGGCGGCGGUGGCCGCCCUGCAACCAUUCCUGUGACGUCUCAGACGAGACACGUGCCAACCUGGUCUUCGCUCGUAGGAAGCACUCUCGCACCUUCCCGUCCCGAAUACGGUACCACUGGGAGCUGGACGGCUGUCCCAAUCGCCCUGAAAUGAUGAACCAAUUCCGGUAGCGAAUAUCCAAAACACAACUACCCCAUACUAGAAAAUCAUAAUAUUUUCAUUCUUCUUUCAUCAAAAAUCAGUCCAUUCCCUACGUCGCAUGAGGCAUCAUCUCUUAGUUUCGCGUCAGUUAUGUUGGGCCGGCUGGGUUCUAAGUUCUCCCUCCCUCGGCCCUGCUCCAGUAACCAGCCGGUUCCGGGUGUACGGGUGCAAUUCCGCCUCGCGAUUCAACUAGGACCGACGCGUACCGAAAAGGCGAGUCUCUGGUGAGAGCCAUGCCGUCCUUACGUGCUCAGGACACCGCUUCGACGCUGGGCUUGGCCCGGCGGCGGCGCCCGAGCGACUCUGGCACGGACUCGGGCUGCAAUAUCUCACCGAGUAGGGCUGCCAUAUCUCACCGAGUAGGGCUGCCAUAUCGGGAGAACUCGGGCCGUGGAUGAACAAUGGUCUCGGGUCGAUGGAUACCUUGGGUUGUGGUCAGCGCGCGGUGGACUGGGCCAGCCGCGCUCUGCCCCGUUCAGACGCGUUGUGAACAGUGAAGCGUCCCGGGGGGCAGUGAUGGACGCGCUCUGAUCGAUUCCGUUCGCCGCCUCACAAUGUCGGCAGAUAUAUUGGUGCGAUGUUGCUCAACCCUGCACUGGAUAGGGGCGGGCCGCUGAUGAUAAUGAUGUGGCUGGACUGGAAGCUACCCCGCCGAAACGGGCGGCCUAGCUUCGCAUCACGAGAUCAGAGAGCUUAUUUCAUUUGAGCUCGAAAGCCUUAGAUAACUGAUGACUAUCACGUUGCACUCAGGCCGGCGUGGCGUAGCCAAAAAUGAACCGCAAUAUCAUUGGGAGCGCCAAAUUCCGAUCGGGAGACGGCUGGAGCGCCGCUCGCACGUAGCUGCAUUAGACGGUAGACUCGGAGCACUUCUCUCUGUACAUAGACGGCUCCGCGGGCCACCAGUGAUGCACACUCAAUGUGUAGAGCUCAGAUAUGGGUGACCAGAGCGAGUGUGACUGGGGAGCAGUCACUGAGUCUCUGGCGAGUCGUCAGAGUGUGACGGAGAGGCGGGUACUGGUACGGACUUCGUGAUGAUCGGUGAGCAGUGAUCUCUUCGCACCGGGCUGAGCAGGGUCCGUUAGUCUGGGUUCCAGGUAGGUCGCUGCUGGGAUUUUGUUCUUCUGUCGCUCUAGUCAGUCGCAGAUUCUACCUCUCUGUGAUGCUGUGGUGGAUUACUGAAGCUAGCGAAUCUUCAGUGGCAGAUGCUGCUCACUUCGUUGCCGCCCGACCAUAUCUUGAUUUUCGUUUUCCAAUGUCUCACCGACCGCAGUCUGCUGUGUUGAAUAUGGGUUUUAGCUACUGAAUUGGAAACGGGAGUUCGCUGUUUUGUAUGAACUUGACAGCUUGGUAGAUGAAUGCCAAAUCGGUGACAAUCUGAAAAGAACUGUAUGCAAGACGGCAGAUCCCCCAUCGUGUGGUUUCUAGAAUCGUGACUCAUUUAUUUUAUCUGAGAAUAAUCUUUUGUCACUUGCUUUCUUACCUGCAUCUUAUUUUCUACCCGUCGGCUGUUUCUAUGGGACAUUAUCUUUAUCAUUAUUUUAGUCUCAUUCACUCAAGUCUCACUGCAUCAUUUUCGGGUGCCAGCCUGAGCACUUUCGUCGCUCGUGCGUCGCCAGUCCCUGGUCUGUGGCUGACACUGAGGGACGACCAGGGCGGCUGGUACGAGCGAAAAGUGCUGACACUCUGCCAGCAGCCGAGCUUUCUGUGCGAUAUGGUGGCCGGGCGGCGGCCGGUGUGCUCUGCCCGUGUAUAUAGACGAUAUGGUGUGUGUGAACGCGGUCAGUGGUGCUUCAGAGAGUCUGUGACGGGUGGUGAGAGUGAACCGUGCCAUGCUGGUCCAAUGUCAAGGGUAGUCUUCGUAUAGUGCGCGAAUAAACUUUGUGAUAACAUG